UUUUGCACUCGAACGAAGGUUUUUGUGCGCAUCGUGCACAUUUGUACCCGGUGAAUAUAAGCUAAUGGAACCACCGUAAUCUCAAGGAGAGCUGGCGGCACGUUGUUUUUGAACAGGCGUUGGGAUGCUCUACGUUUAUCCUUCAAACCCAGUUGAAGAUGUACAGAACACGGGGACAUUUCCAGCAAUAUACGCGUGCCUGUACCAUACAAGCUCCGUCUGAAUGGCAAUACUUGAAUGUUUGAAUUCAAGUUUUCAAGGCAAUAGUUUUUGCACCUGAUGCAAAGCAAUCCGCAAUCGAUCGAAUGAAUGAUCAUUCCAUGCAUGAGUGUGCAGAGUGACUAAUCGCACUUGGACCACAAUAAGACAAGAUGCAGAAGAAUCAGACACACGUUUUGAUUAUUGGUUUUGAGAUACCAGAAAGCGCUCUGUAGUAAAGUUGCAGUGGCCGAACUACAGGUGCUAUAUGAAGAACAGGUCACAAGCGUUAAUUUGCCCUCGCAGAAAUGCCAGUGCGUGCUGUGACUUCCAGGUUCAUGUACAGGGGACUUUGCUCAAUUCCAGAUAUCCUCUCCUACAGGACUCCCGUCAGCCUCCCCGAGGAUGAAGUGGAGGAGAUCCGUGAAGCCUUUAAGGUGUUUGACCGUGAUGGGAACGGAUUCAUCUCAAAACAGGAGCUAGGAGUGGCCAUGCGGUCUCUUGGUUACAUGCCAAAUGAAGUGGAGCUGGAGGUGAUCAUUCAGAGACUGGACAUGGAUGGUGACGGUCAAGUUGACUUUGAAGAGUUCGUAGCACUUCUCGGACCAAAACUCUCUUCAGCUGGUAUGCCUGACAGAUUCCAUGGAGCCGAGUUUGAUUCCAUAUUCUGGAAGUGUGACAUGCAAAAGCUGACUGUGGAUGAGCUGAAGAGACUCCUGUAUGACACCUUCUGUGACCAUCUGACUAUGAAAGACAUCGAGAACAUCAUCAUGACUGAGGAGAGUCACUUAAACAGCCCCGAGUGCCAAGUAGAUAUUGACACAAGUCCCAUGCAACAAGUCAAGCACACCUGUGUGCGCAAGAGCUUGAUUUGUGCCUUCGCCAUUGCAUUCAUCAUCAGCGUCAUGCUCAUCGCAGCCAAUCAGAUGCUUCGAAGAGGAAUGAAAUAAACAGUUCUGUUUCUAAGACAAUGAAUGACUGACAAAAGGAAACAAGAUAAAAAUGCAAAAAAAUCCACUAAUUCUACUAGUUUCUAAUGAUCACUGUUUUACAGAAACACCAAAGGCUGCACUUUCGUUCUACUAUAAACUCAAGGUAAAGACAGACUGUUGUUAGACAGACAAAAUAAUAAUUUA